CAACAGGGUGAGGCCCUAUUUCAAACGCAUGAGAACUUGGAGCAUCUUGCCAUGAUGGAGAGGGUUUUGGGGCCACUACCACAGCAUAUGGUGCUCAGAGCUGAUCGUCGUGCUGACAAAUAUUUUAGAAGGGGAGCACGACUGGAUUGGCCUGAUGGAGCAACUUCUAGAGAAAGCAUGAGGGCAGUUUGCAAAUUGCCCCGGUUACCGAACCUAAUAAUGCAGCAUGUGGACCAUUCUGCUGGAGAUUUGAUUGAACUCUUGCAAGGGCUCCUAAGAUACGAGCCAGCGGAGCGUCUCAAGGCAAGGGAAGCUCUAAGACAUCCCUUUUUCACUAGAGAUAUGAGAAGGGGUGGCUACCCCUUGUAAAUCAACGAUCCUCAUCUAUAUCAGUCAUGCGCAUGCGCUAUUAGAAAGCCUGAAAGAUAUAAAAUGAGUGAAACGAGUCGAAAUACAGAUGUGGGUUUUUGAUUGUACGAUUGUUUCUGUAUAGUAAAGCUUACCCCACCCCUCCUCCCCUUACCUGCCCAUCAAUGUCUUAUACUGGUUGUCUUCU